UACAAGCCAUAUUAUGGUCAACAAGCCAUCCUUCGCAUACUUAUAGCAAUCACCAGGAUAAAGAGAAGGCAAUGUUUGUUAUAACUUGAUGUUGCCCCACCACCACAUAGUGGCUGUGGUUUCCAAGCGUGGCGGGCUCCACGAAAACGCUACGCCUCCGACCCAUCCAUCAUCAUCCACCCCCCCUUCCCUACGACCCCUUCCUCACCGCCCCUCCCUCUCUCUGUGCCUGUUCUUUUCGGUGUUGUUGCCGUUGUAGUUGGUCGCCUUUGCUGUUAUUGUUGUAGUUGUUGCGGUGGUUACACAGUAAGAGGAAGAUGAGAAGGAGAGGUGCAGUCUGAUGGGAUAAAAGUGAGAUUCUCUACAAGUGAUGGCGGUAGUUUCGCUUGAGCUUUUCUUGGAGAUCUUUAAGGUCGGGUGUCGUGGUUUCAGACGCUGCCCUCCUCCUCUCUCGUCUUCUCUCCUCUAAUCCCCUCGCACGCACACGCGUAUCGGGUGGGUGGCCCCUCUCUGUUCCUGCAAAACUAACCCCACCAACGACAAGUACGCAGAAACGCAUGGAAUGCUCCCUCUUCCUCUGAUCACUAUAUAACCUUGCUUGCCUACUGCUACUCUUAUCAAACUUGCUCUUGAAUCUUACCGGAUAAAGAUGAGCAUCCCAGUGAAUGGCCACUCGGGCGUGCCGCCGGGCUUCCGCUUCCACCCAACCGAGGAGGAGCUCCUAAACUUCUACCUGAGAAAGAAGGUGGCGUGUGAGAAGAUCGACCUCGACGUCAUCCGCGACGUCGACCUCAACAAGCUCGAGCCAUGGGACAUCCAAGAGAAGUGCAGGAUUGGGUCGACGCCGCAGAACGACUGGUACUUCUUCAGCCACAAGGACAAGAAGUACCCCACGGGCACUCGCACCAACCGUGCGACGGCGGUCGGGUUCUGGAAGGCCACUGGCCGGGACAAGGUCAUCUGUUCCAGCAUCAAGCGGAUUGGGAUGAGGAAGACGCUGGUGUUCUACAAAGGCCGCGCCCCUCACGGCCAGAAGUCAGAUUGGAUCAUGCAUGAGUACAGGCUCGACGAUCGCUCCGACAUGAGCUACCCACCCAACCCUGCUUGCUUGAUGGAAGAAGCUACAAACCAAGAAGAUGGUUGGGUGAUCUGCCGAGUGUUCAAGAAGAAGAACCAUCAUCAUCAAAAGAGCGUGGAAAGCGCCACCAACUGCUCUUCUUCUUCUCUCUCCGCCGAUGCCAAGACAGAGUGGCUGCACCCAAACAGCGACGGCAUGUUGGGCCAAAUCCUCCAAUACAUGGGAAGAUCUUGCAAGGAAGAGAGACAAGAUCUCAACAGUGAGAAGUUGAUGAGGCUUCCACCACUCCAUAGCCCGACCCUUCCAUGGUUUCCGGAGAACUACACCAACCAACAACUCGAUCAUCCAUCCGGGUAUCAGACGAGCUACGUACCGGACGCGAUCCAUGCCCUCGCGGGCACCGAGUCAAGCAUCAACAGCUGGGCCGCGCUCGAUGGGCUUCUCGCGUCGGAGCUGGACGGCCAGGCGGAGGCGCUGAAGCCACUCCCCUGCUUCGAUGACCCAAGCUUGGGUGUCUGCUCGCCUGCAACACUGUUCACCCCGGACAUCCAUCGCAAUCGCGACAGGGACGACGGCGACGACGAUCUGUGGAGCUUGGCGAGGCCAGCAACGAAGCACAUCAGCCACGUUCCAUACUAACGCGAAACCUUCGUUUUCUUCACGGUCUGAGGAAAACGAGUUUUGUCGCCCCAAAUAGUAUGCAUAAAUAAGGUGACUGAGUGGUGGUAGACGGCUCCUCCUGUAAUAUUUUACGGAGAGGUGGAUGUUAGGAGAAGAUGGAACUUUAGUUAGUGUAGUUUGGUGUGGCUUCGUUUCAUCUCUGGCCGAGGAAUUCCACGGCGAUGGCGAUCCAUCGUUCUGUCUUGUCAAAGUUGGCGUCAGUCUGCUUUAAGAGAGGAGAAGUGACAUGAGAAGGGAUCGCAUGUGAAACACACACAGAGAAAGCG